CAGUGGUUGGCUGGUUUUCCGGACAUGAUGUGGUUGAAGCUGUCAUCGUAAUGGAAAUUCAUUGCUGUAGCUAUGGUAAAUCGAGUGUUCUGCCUGUGCUGAAUGCAUUAGUCUAAUGAGAUGUUUGCAGCCGGAGAGCAGGGCUGCUGGAGACUUACUGUGAGCUACUAGCACACGGGUGGAAGACAGCUUUUGCAAUACUCGGUUCCCAUGUGCCGAAAGUCAUCUGUCUUCUGAGUCAACACUCCCGGCCUGGUCAACACCCUGAUCAGGGCUCUGGUGAACAAGCUGUAGCACCUCUUCUGCCUGUGAGCGAUUUGUCACCUCAUUCUGUAAGACUGGCACCAGCAGAGAUGCAGUCACAGAGGAUCCCGGGGAGAAAGCGAGGCCGACCCCCCCUCCACUCCACACCUGUGAAGAUGGCCGUCCACAACCUUUAUUCUGCUUCCGCUGGCUCCUUACCAGCUGUGAAGAUGCCGAAGAAAAGGGGGCGGAAGCCUGGGUACAAGCUCAAGUCUCGGGUGCUCAUGACUCCUUUAGCCCUCUCACCUCCGAGGAGUACUCCAGAGCCCGACCUCAGCUCGAUCCCUCAGGACGCAGCCACCAUACCCAGCUUGGCAGCCCCACAGGCUCUCACAGUCUGCCUCUACAUCAACAAGCAAGCCAAUGCGGGGCCCUACCUGGAGAGGAGGAAGGUGCAGCAACUUCCUGAGCGCUUCGGCCCCGAGAAGCCAUCCGCGGUCCUGCAGCAGGCCAUCCAGGCGUGCAUCGACUGCGCCCACCAGCAGAAACUGGUCUUCUCCCUGGUCAAGCAGGGCUACGGUGGAGAGCUGGUGUCAGUCUCGGCUUCCUUUGAUGGGAAGCAGCACCUGCGGAGUCUGCCUGUGGUGAACAGCGUGGGCUAUGUCCUGCGCUUCCUGGCCAAGCUGUGCCGCAGCCUCCUGUGUGACGACCUCUUCAGCCACCAGCCCUUCCCUGGGACCCCCAGUGCCUCCGAGAAGGCCCAGGAGCGAGAGGAAGGGCGGAUGGAGUCAGGGAAAUCCAGGUUUCAAGACCACCCAGCUGCAAGAGCCAAGACGGUCACCACCGAAGAGUGCCUGGUGAGCCCCGUGGCCAUGAACCGCUACAGUAUGGACCCCUCGACCUCUUCCUUUGGCCACAGGGGCUCCUUGCCCACCCCCUCCUCACUCUACUGUAAGAGGCUGAACUCUGGAGAUGGCCAUUUUGGGGGAGGCCCUGCCACCACCACCAGUGGUCCCCAUACCAGUCCUGUGUCCUCUGGAGGCCCCGCAGCACCUGGACUGAGGCCCCCAGCCUCCAGCCCCAAGAGAAACGGGACCUCUCUUGAAGGAAACAGAUGUGCCUCGAGCCCUUCUCCGGAUGCCCAGGAUGCCAGACGGCCAAGGAGCAGAAACCCCUCCACCUGGACCGUGGAGGAUGUGGUCUGGUUUGUGAGAGACGCCGACCCGCAGGCUCUAGGGCCUCACGUGGAGCUCUUCCGAAAGCACGAGAUUGAUGGCAAUGCCCUAUUGUUGCUGAAGAGUGACAUGAUCAUGAAGUACCUAGGCCUGAAGCUGGGACCUGCGCUGAAACUCUGCUACCACAUUGACAAGCUGAAACAAGCCAAGUUCUGAAGAUCUUUAAAAGAUAGAAGCUGAACCCAAGACAAAGAACUCAAGACUAUCUUCUGCCUUACCAACAUCCAGCCAACAUCAUGAAAUAGGUUCUCUUCUUAAAAUUAACAGCCACAAUGACUUGGUCUUUUUUUUAUAGAAAGAGUGUAUCUUCGCCUUUUAAAAAAAAUUCUACCUGGCUCUUUUUAAAAGGCUCAUCUAUGUUAAUGAUUUGCCAAAAAAUUACCAAAAGCCUAUUAUUUUUAACAUUCCUUGAUUUGUUGGUCACUCUUAGAGUGGGUGCUAUCUGUAUAAUGAGAGAGAGUGGGGAACUGAAUGCUGUCACCUAAGGAGAGCCCCGGAGGGUUCCAAGAUAUGAGAAGGACUUGUCCCUGCAGGGACAUCCACCUCAGCACCACCUGCCUCUGUUCUCACCCAGGGACCCAUCAGUGUGAGCCUUGCUGGAUUCAGCUCUGAGGGUGACUGCCUCGCCUUGCACUAUCUGGAAAACUUGAAUUCUUUUGCUUUCUGAAAAAGAGGAAGAAAGAUCUUUUCUAUUCGCACUUAUCUGUAGUACUGUGUUGUCCCACUAGAGGGCAGACUGCUAAUGAAAUUUCAGGACCCUUGACUGCAGCCGGAUGCUUAUUCAGAACUCAGUGACUGGCCUGGGGUUUCUUUGAAUAAAAUCUAGCCUAUACAGGGAAUUUAUCCCACACAUUGCAACUUGGGAAGAAAUUGUCAUCUAGAGGGUUCUAAUUCACAUCCAAGCAUUAUUGACUGACUGAUACACAACAGCAAAGGAAAGAAUUGGAAGCGUGCUCUACCCAGAUGGGGCUUUAGAGUUCCUUCCUUUCCAGAGUCCUUACUGAGGUGUUGAUGUGUUGUCAUGUCGAAGAAUCUUAGUGACAUUUAGCCAUGGGUGUUUCUUGAAAAAAGGAAAAGAAAAAUGUCUUAACUAAAUUUUGAAAAUGGAGAGUGUUGAUUUCUAGUUGUAUUGCUAGAUUCUGUAGUUGUAUCUGUGGCUAAUUUUUCUAAUCCUCAACAAAUACACAGACACGCUAUUAUUGGGUUUAAUUCAAUUUACAAAUAGGUUUUCCUUCCUCACCGUGAAGUGAUAGAAAAAGAAUUGAUUUUCUACCCCUAUGCAGCUGUGUCCAGAGAAGGACGAUGAAUUCACAAUUUACUAGGCAGAAGGAUAUCCUCUUCUCUGCUAUUUAUUUUUUUGUAUUAUUCUCUUUUCUCUCUCUUUUUUCUUCCGUUUCCUCACUGAAUAGGAAACAUCCUCAAAAUAAAUUCACCUUUUUGAUGGGCAUGUCCUCUUCCUUAAAAGAACAUCUACAGUGUUAGAGAUGAAGAGGUGAAUAUUAGACCUUGCAAUCCUUGGGAGGAUGCAGGUCAAGAAGAACUCAGGGCCUCUCUGGGCUCAAAUUUGAAUUAGAAAAGGCACAGCUUCCUCCAGGAUGCAGCCUAAGAGGGGUCUCAGCUGGCAAGUGCAGCCAGGUAGGAUCUCAGCUCCCUUACCCCUCCACCAGCUGCCCUUGUAUGGGACAUGACCUGUAUGGCCUUGAGGGCGACCUUGAUUGGAUUUGCAUAUGGAAUGUCUAUGAAUCAGAAUUUAGAUGAGGACCAUAAGAAAUAUUGCAUGCCACCUUAUUGGGGCCCACUUUGCUGAGAAACAUUUGAGAAAGCACAUCAUAGAAAAAUCUCUUUUAGACACACAAGCAGUGGCUAGAUAUAGAGUUUGACAGAGGGGAGGGAAAAAAAUGUUCCAACCCUACCCAUGAAAUUGAGCAGACAGUGGAAGAGCUUCAUGUAUGUUGGUUUCAGCACAAAACAAAACUGCCCCACAUGAGGCCUUGGGUUAGAUGUUGAAGUGAGUAACAGAUUCUGUCCCUUAAAAGUUUGUUAAUGCAAAGUGCUCACUCUGAAGUUAGAUAACUUCCUUCAAGAAGCUGGACAGUUGAUGUAUUCAGAACUGCCGGUGUGAAAACUAGGAGAUCCAGAAAAAUCCCAUGACAACCCAGGUUCUUCACUUUUGUGGGUUUGGUCCAGCCCAUGGAUAUUUAUGGUGCCUCUUCUAUCAACAUAUGCUUCCUUUAGACUUUCACAUUAAGAUCUCAAAAUAUCCUAACCACCCUCACCAGUGCCUCUCUGGCUACAGACACACAAACAAUGGUGCCCUCAAGUUCAAAUCAGUUCCAAACAAUGUCACAGAGAUACCUUGGGUAGUUUUCAAGGGGGAGAGAUGUUCCUAUUUCAAGCCUAGGGGAAAACUGGAACUGGGUUCCCACGCAAUUGCUUUCACCCAGGUGCUGUCUCAUUUCACAUGAAACUUUCAACAGGCCAGAUUGCUGAAGCCAUGAUAUUUAAGGUUUGACUUAAAAAAAAAAAAAUCUCACUACUCUUAAAAUGAAUGCUGCCACAUCAGAAAAGAACCUGGGGAAGAAAUUCUUCUUGCCUGUUUUUGUACCGACAUGCAAUUAGCUGACCAAAUUAUUGUGGCAAUACUGUAAUUAUAAUUAAUUUUCAUCCCUCUCAAAAAUCUUGUCAAACCAGGCAGCUAAAUAGCUUCUCAAAUGUAAAACACACCAGGCUAUUUUUCUCUAAACAGACUUUAAACGGUCAGGCCAUUGGGGUCACACUGGCCCAAAUGAAAGCUACUUGGGGGCCUCAACUUGACAGAUGCAGUAUUUGUUAUUCCAUGGCGGUAGCUUGCCUUCAGGUUGUAGUGAAUAAUGAUAUAGUUUUGCAUAAUUCCAAAUUAAAGUGUGUGUGUGUGUGUGUUCGUGUUCCAAACAUUUCCAAUUAUACUUGUCUGUUAAACACUUGAAAAAAAGUUGAGACAAUUCUGUUGCCUAAGGCAUUUUAAAUAUUUUAUGAAGCACAUAAUUCCCUUUGUGAAGACUUUUAAGUAAAAGAUGUGUGUGUAUGUGUUUGUGUGUGUGUGUGUGUGUAUAUAUCUCCUGCCAUUGUAUUCAGAGAGCCUUAGGAAGUGGGAAUGUAUCAGUGAUUUGCAUAUGCUUGGGUUAAAAUGUCUCCCCAGCCUUUCAACAGAGGCAGAGCCCUUGAAGUCUUCCUAUGGUUGUUAUUUCUAAGUGUUGUGCCCUCUUAUGCCAGCAGGGUGCGCCUUAGAGGCACCUGGGUGACAGGGUUGGUUCUGGGGUUCUGGGCCUAUCGUCCUCAGGCAGCUGACUGGACAUGCCAUGCCUGGGCUUCAGGGUGACCAAGGAGAGGCCUCAUGGGGGACCUCAGGCAAGGGAUACUUGUCUGCCUCAUUUAGGGUCUACCAGAGAGGACAUUGGGUUUCCAUGAUUUCCCUUGAACAGGCUGCCAGGGAUUUUUCCUUUCAACAGAAAAAAAAAAAAAAAGGAUUGAAGAACCCCUCAGGAGAAGCACAUAUGAUAUUAAAUACAUUGGAAGGAAUACUGUGCUGAGGUUGGUUUGCUUAAGAAGGAAACCAGCAAGAAAGGAAAUAAAACCAUAAAUUCCUUAGGCAAACAAUAAAAGAGUAGUUAUUCUAAUCUAUCCCGAUCCAUGAUUUGGCAAUAAUCUAUUUUCAUAUUUAUGUGAUGUAUGGGAUAUUUCUUAUUUUUCUAAUUAAAAUUGUUUUUUAAAGUAUUUUCUGAGAUUGCUUUAGGAGAAUUUUGUCAAAUCUCUGAAUAAAACUGGAAAUGCUCAAAGGUAA